AUGCCUACACCAUCAUGUGGACCUGAGACAGCAUCCGAUGCUCGACAACGAGCACUCUUAUCCUACGGUACGACCAAGGCUGGUAAUAUUGAAAUUUACACAAUGUUCAGGGACCACCCUUGCCAAACGAGUCGCGUUCCUGGAAUCUCUUUGGUGCAAAAUUCAAUGACCAUGUGGGCAAUCCUGGCUACAAAGAAACGGCCCUUUGGUGGACAAGGAUUGUGGAAAGAUCAACGGCGAUUACCAAGUCUGAUAUGGGCGGAAAAAAGGAUACAAAACGGAGCUACAAGACGCGACCAUCAAAGGACACGGCUGCCCACUACCCCAUUCUCCUACCCUUCCCUUACCAUGUCUAGCCCCACGGCGUCCACAACCCCCAAGUUCAGCAACCACGAUGAACUCCCCAUCGCCAUUAUUGGCGGUGGACUAGGCGGGCUUGCGCUUGCUCUAGGCCUCGUCAAACACGGCGUCAAGAUUCAAAUCUUCGAAUCUGCCCCAGCGUUUGCCGAGAUAGGUGCUGACUUUUCGACGGAUACAUGA